AUGGCUUGCCACCGUAGAAAUUUGAUAACUCUGGUGAUACUAUCGUCGCUCCUGACAGCAACAUUAUCUAAAAACAGUGCGGAUAUGUACCAAUGGGACAAAUGGAACUUUUUCCCGACGUUAAGUGUGUACGUCAAAAACGAUAUCAAAGGUGGUUUGAGGCUACAUUCUACUUGUUAUGCUAAUGGAAAUAAGUCAAACUAG